CGCUAGGAUUUCCGGAGUCAGAGGGCACUUUACCGGAAGUGGUCCGAGAGGGGGUUGUCAUGGUGACGAGGGCCGCCAGUUCGGUGCCACAAUGGCUUCCCGAGAGAAGACCACACCUGCUGUGGCAAGAGACACUGGAUUUUGGCAUGUGCCCAUUGUGACUGAGUACAGCAAAGAAACACAAGAGCUGUUAAAAGUGAUGAUGCAAGAAUCCAGACUUACUAAUUUCCAGCAACGUCAUCUCAUAAACUACAUGAAACGAGGUGACUCCCUGCCUAUCCACUGCAACCCAACUUCCAGCAGGGAACCACAGCUUUCAAAGCCUGUCUCGCCAUCAAAGGUCUUUCUGUCCAUCAAUCCAUAUGGUAGACCUCACCUUCGGCCUGCUGAGAUCUGCCGGGCAGGUGAUGCAUAUACCCGGGAGAAAUUCAGGCCCCAAGCUACCCGAGACUUGGAGAAAGAGAAGGAAAGACUUCAAAACAUCUUAGCAACAGGAAAGGAUAAAGUAGAGAAAAAGCCUCCGAAAAAGCCAGUCAAGAUGGAAGAGGAGGUACCAGAACUAGACCGGUUUGAAGAACUGGUGAAUGAAAUCCAAGACCGACAAAAAUUUCUGGCAGAGAUGGAAGCUCUGGGACAGGACAAGUUAUACCAAGGGAUCAUCCUUACUGAAGUAUCACAGAAACUACGUGAGAUGGAGAUAAUCGAUAAGCAGAGGAGUGCAGAACUGAGAGAGGCAAUGGCUGCUUCCUUCAAAAGAGGCAACAGACCUGAUCCUUCAAGCGCAGGUGAAGACAACCAGUAGUCUUUUGCAAGGCUUGUGGCAUCAUUUCCUUCUGCUGCCAUAGGCCUUCCCAUUAGACAGCAGUUAGAAUAGCAGUGAUGUAGUUUUAGCCCUUGUAGUGCAGAGAUGGACAAUUUUUCAAGCCCAGCUGGAAGGCUGGCACAGCUGCUUGCAUGCACGCAGUCUCCCCCUUCCACAUCUUCCCCGGGCGCACACAAUCUCUCCAGUUUCCUAUUUUGCUGUGUUCCUCUUGAUUAACAAAUACAAUAAUUUCUGAGCAAGUGAACAAUAUUCUUGGUGCAGCGGAGUGGGGUCCUGAUUUCAGAGGAGGCACAGAGAGAAGCUGCAGAUUGUAGAGUGCUGCUUUAGUGGCCAAAAGCUAUGGAUGCAUUUCAAUGCGGGUUUUUCUGCAUAAACAUUAGGAAUACUCUAUUCAUAGCAGUUAGCAGAAGGAGGUCUUUUCAUGAUGUGGAUAGAAACAGUCAUUUGAUUGCUCUUUGGCAAUAAGGGCAGAGGGUGUGUUUUGUUUUCAAGUAGACCAGCAAGGAAUGGAAGAAGCUCAGCGUACCUGCCUCUGAAACAUAACAGCACACAUUGUUUUCUGCCAUUUUUACUUUUAUUUAUUAAAAUACAAAUGGCCAAAGUACUUCAAGCAAGGAUUCAGCAUGAGGAUUUCUGGAUAGGCCUUUUUAGGGUUCAAACAAUUUUCAGCUAGCCUUUGGCAGAAGUUAAUAUUGCUAUGUCUCAUUUAUAAUCUUUUGCAUACUUGCUCAUGGCUGCCACUUCAAAACUAGCAAGAGGGGAGAGAAUCAGAGCACUAUAUCAAAACAUGGGCCUUCUGUGACUAUCUCAAUGAGACUAGGGGCAUAGAAGAACAGGUUGAAGCCAACCUAAAUACGAUGGGGAAGCCAUGUUUUUCUUUCUUAUGUCUGCAUUGAUCACAUCUAAACUAGAGAGGUUUAAUUUUUAUAACAGUAAGUGGAUGGGUUAGGGAGCUGACCCAUUCAGUGCUUUAACUCACUGUACUCAAUUGCUUAAAUCCUUUUUUCAAUAUUCCAGUUCACUGUUAGUAUGCUAUAUGAGGCUGGGAGAAAGGUGACUGAGUGUCAAAAGAUAAAGUGGCUAAGGAUAUCUGGUUCCUCUCAUGUGCAGGGGUGUUUCAGUGAAAAAGGAAAGCUCCUGUUCUACUUUAGAUGCAGCCAAGGCAAGCAGACAUGUGGUCAAGGCUAGUUUAGCUGUCAACCAUCCUGCUUAAGUAGUUGGGCCGGCGGGGGGGGGGGGGGGAGAAGCAAUAGUGCUGAAGUGCAUCUUUGAGGCUUCAUGAUCAUUUGUUUUCCAUUCCUUGGAAAUAUAUUUAUGCAGCACUGAUCUUGUUCCCUUUCGGCUAGAAUAAGCAGAGUCAAAACACAGUAAAUAAAUAUUGCAACAGA